GAGCAGCUGGUCCGGUUCGGUUCGGUCCGGUUCGGUCACUAGACAGAACCUCCAGCUACUGCCGCUCGGUUCCGGUCCCGCUGCAGCCCGAUGCGCGUGUCCGUGUCCUGCUGCAGGACCUCAGGCACGCGCGUGCCCCGGGACACUCCCGCAGAGGAAGAGGAGGAGGAGGAAGAGCUGCGCUGCGGUCCGGUCCGGUCGGUCUGGACCCGGUUUCAUGCGUUCGGUUCGGGUUCGUGCUGCGGGUGGUGAAUCACCAUGACAACAGAGCCAAGUGAAGCCCAGCCCCCAGAGGCGGAGCCUUUCCCUGAAGCCGCCGCCCACUCCACACCUAAACAGGGAGGGGAGGGCCCAGCUCAGAGCUCAUUGGCUGAGGACUCCAGCAGUCCGCUGUCGUCAGGCGGACGCGUCACUCGCUCUCCGGCCAGAACCGCGCUGGGCUUCAGAACCAUGCAGACCCGGGUGGCGCUGCUGGACGGGUCGCAGUUCACCUGCAUCGUGGAGAAACGAUCUCGAGGUUUGCAGCUGUUUGAGAAAGUUUGUGAUCACCUCAAUCUGCUGGAGAGAGAUUACUUCAGCCUGUCCUUCAGAGACGCAGACAGCAACAAGAACUGGUUGGAUCCUGCGAAGGAGAUUAAGAAGCAGGUCAGAGGCGUUCCCUGGAACUUCUCCUUUAACGUAAAGUUUUACCCUCCGAACCCGGCCCAGCUGUCUGAGGACAUCACCAGGUACUUCCUGUGUCUGCAGCUCAGACAGGAUAUCGUUUCCGGACGUCUUCCAUGUUCCUUUGCGACUCACGCUGUUCUUGGUUCCUACACGGUUCAGUCAGAGCUCGGAGACUACGACUCUGAUGAAUGUGCUCCAGACUACGUCAGUGAGUUGUGUUUCGCUCCAAACCAAACCAAAGAGAUGGAGGCCAAGAUCGUGGAUCUGCACCGGACCCUCAGGGGAAUGAGUCCAGCAGAAGCUGAGAUGCAUUUCCUGGAGAAUGUGAAGAAGCUGUCCAUGUAUGGAGUGGACCUGCAUCACGCCAAGAUGGCAGGAAACCGUUUUGACUGUCUGUCUGCUCAGUCAGAGGACUCGGAGGGCGUGGCCAUCAUGCUGGGCGUGUGUAACAGCGGGCUGCUGGUGUACAGAGACCGGCUGAGGAUCAACCGAUUCUCCUGGCCAAAGAUCCUGAAGAUUUCCUACAAACGGAACAACUUUUACAUCAAGAUCCGACCUGGAGAGUUUGACCAGUUUGAGUCCAUCAUUGGCUUCAAGCUGCUAAACCACAGAGCAGCCAAGCGGCUGUGGAAGGUGUGUGUGGAGCAUCACUCCUUCUUCAGGCUGCUGUCUCCUGAGGAACCGCCAAAGAAGUUUCUGUCUCUGGGGUCAAAGUUUCGCUACAGCGGUCGGACCCAGAUUCAGAGCCGCAGAGCCAGCGCUCAGAUAUCCAGACCCGCUCCCAACUUCCCACGAUGCAUCAGCAAGAGGAACAUGCUGAGCCGGAGCCUGGACGGAGCUUCCAGGACCACAGCAACGUCUUCUCUGAUUGGCUCUCCUGCCAUCACUGUGUCGCUCAAAGCCAACGAUCGAGCUUACUCAGACAUGGGCUCAGGACUGUACGGAGCAUCGAAAGCCAUCGCUGUCAGCGACCACAUCGCCACGGUAACCAGGAGGCUGGACGACAGGCGGGAGGAGCCAGUUGAGGAGGUUCUGCUGCUGCUGGUGGAGGAGGAGCAGAAAGAGGAGCGGAAAGAGGAGCAGAAAGAGGAGGAGAGGAAGGCUACAGAGGUUUCUCCAGAAAGUCCUCCGUCUCCACAGAAACACGACACCAAGACGGAGCUGACGGACACCGUCGUCGAUGGUGACCUGACCGUGACCGAGUCUGAUCAGGACGAAGACCUGAAGACUCAGGAGACACUGGGCAGCCCAGAGGACAUCGUCCAGACGUCCAUCAGCGCGCUGCGGCGCUCCUUCCUGGAGGGAGAGCAGGGGGGCGGCGGCAUGACGGAGUGGGACAAACGCCUGGCCUCGUCUCCUCUGCGCCGCGCCGACGACGCACCCAUGAUCGAACCGCUGGAGCCCGAGGAGCCCAAACCGUCCUUCAAUGAAAUGUCUCCAGAACUGAUGGCUCUGCUAAAGUCCGCCAGAGAGCAAGAGACCUUCAGGGAACACAACCUGCUGAAGACGUCGGAGAAGGUGGAGACAGUCUUUGUCCUCCCAGAGUCCAGGGAGCGGGACAUCGCAGAUCACUUUAAGGAAGUCCCGGUGAUGAGGAAGACUCUGACCUACGAAGCUCCAGGGAGCCAAGGCAGCACUGAUCCCCCUGGCGGCCUCCUUCUGAGCUCCCAGACCUUCACCGCAGAGACGUCCAACACCACCACCACCACCCACAUCACCAAGAUGAUGAAAGGAGGAGUUUCAGAAACCAGAGUGGAGAAAAGAAUCGUCAUAUCUGGAGACACCGAGGAAGACCAUGAGCAGGCCCUGGCGGCGGCGCUCUGCGAGGCGCGGCGACAGCAUCCUGAACUGUCGGUCACCAGAGUCGUCGUCCACAAAGAAACGGAGGUUCCUCCUGAUCACAAGAUCAAUUAGUGAUGUCACUGGCAGGACUGAAUGUUGAUCCUCUGUUGCAUUAUGGGAGUUGUAGUUCCCAGCCAAUCCCACCAAGUGGAUUCUGACGCCAACUGGAGCAGAGAACUCACCACCACAUGACUGCAUGGCGGAUGUACACACACACACACACACACACACACACACACACACACACACACACACCCUGGCGCUGUACGCUGCAGUUGGACGUUUGUCUCCAGGUGAAGCUGUGAUGUAUUUAAGAAGCCCCGCCCCCUCACACACCUCAAGCCACACCCCCUGACUGUUUCAGGAAGCCUUCUGAUUGGCCGACUGACUAACGUGUGCUCUUGACCGACAGUUUGAGAACCUGCUGAGAAGCUUUUAUUAUGAAAAUCUGCCUCCUGCCCCCAUCGCUUGCACAGCCAAGGCUCAGCCAGUAUUUGCCCACGAUGCAACAGGAAGUGCCAUUGAGCUUGGAGGAAGCAGGUCUGAUCCUGAUGGUUGGCUCUGUUGGAGUGAACUUUGACCUCAGUCUGCUGUGGUAGACGCUCUACAGGAGUGCCCUUCAAAAUAAAAGCCCUGGUUGGAGUAGGAAGCUGUUAGGAUGGACUCUUAUUUUGAAACUCUGCAGGAAGUCUUCAGUGGUAGACACUAGUUUCACUUGUUUUACAUUUUUCCACUUCUUGUCACAUUUCUGGACCGGGUCGGUUCUGCUUGGCAGGUUCAGAACCUGAAACGAUACGUUUUCGCCAUCAGAACACCAGCCUGUCUCACCUGGGCCUGUUGCCAUGGCAACCGAUCCUGAUGCAUGUUAUCUGGAUCUGUGGUAAUUGAGCCAGAUUCUCACCUGGAUCUAUUGCCAUGGUAACUGAUGAUACUGGGUCAUCUGAACAGGAAGUGCUUCUGUUGGGUCAGUUGAUCCAGGUGAACCCACCUGCUGGAACCGAUCCUUCAUGUUCUUUAUUCUGGAAAAACUGUUAAAGGAACUUUGUUGACCUCUGACCUCAUUCAUUUAAUUCAUCUGUGGCUCAUUUCUGUAUUUAUGGCCUCAGACAGAGUGAACCAGCACGCCCCCUGGUGUCCGGUUUUAUUUUCUCACCUUCAUCACUGAACUUUAUUAAAAUGAAGAAACAAAC